UAAUGGUAGAGUAGUAACGAGUCCAUUUCUAAGGAUUGCUUGGAGCCACCGCUUCUCUCAUAUCUACACUUGCUGUUUAACCUCUGGAGGUUAUUAAAAUGGUCAUGAUCGUUAAAUCCAAUCCAGCCAACUACAGACUGACAAGCACAUAUGGAUCAGCCGAAUACAUACUAAUCAAUGAAGGACUCAACGGAUUUUAUCGCGGCUUGCGUAGAAUUUUCCCCCAUUACAUAAGGCCCUGCAUUAGUUAGAAACAUGAGCGCUGGCUUCCUCUAUUUUCAAAUGCUAUCCUAUGUUACAAGCGUGGACCGUAAUGUUUCCCAAGACUUUCUUGCUUCCUUUUUUGCCAGAGGGUACAUCACAAAUCAAAUAUUCAAGCCUCUCCAAUUUCAUUACUAAUCCAAUUCUCCUAAUUGAAACUCGCGCUGAAGUUCCUGGGUACUAAUACACAUCCCUAUGGAAGACUGCGAAAACCAUUGCAAAACAAGAAGGCGUGAUGAGCUUCUUUAAAGGGGGUCUCACUUGCUCAAUUAAAGACAGUCUAUUCGCAGGAGUACAAAUUCACCAUGAACAUUAGAUCUAUUAUGUCGUUUACAGGAAGAUGCACGAAAUGUUCUUAACAGCUGAUUCAGGCUUUUCCCCUUCAGUCACCUUCCUCUCCGGAAUGAUCGCCGGCCUAGUUGGCACUUGCGCAAGUCACCCCUUUGAAAUUCUCAGAGCAAGGCUAUAGACCAAUUAUUAUCAUGAUCAGAUGACCAUCAUGGAAAGAUUCAAAAGCACAUAUCAAAACGAAGGACUAUAUGGGUUCGCUAUUCUUACUAUAUGCUUAGAUUUUCUAAAGGUCUCAGUCCCAGAUUAGUUCGAAAGCCCUUAGCCAAUUCGAUUUCAUUUCUUCUUGUAGAACAUUUAAAUCACCUCUUGUAUGGUACUUAAUUUCACUUUUGA